AUGCUGGCCUUUUUCCUGGCUGUGAUUUUGCUGAAUAGCCCAACUCCAGUGGUUUUCGGAUUGAAAACCACACCGGGUUCGCCCUGCGCCGGUGUGUGUGGUACCACGGCCAACACUACUUCUUCCGAGAUUGCGUGUUUGGAUCAUUCGUUCAAUCAAACGUCAGUAGGGAAAAGUUUCAAAAACUGCAUCUCCUGUCAGUUAGACAGCGAUUUCCACGAUCAGAACACUGGCGAAUCGGACGUGAACUGGGGCCUCUAUAACCUGCGCUACGCUUUUUCAACCUGCGUGUUUGGAUCUCCAGACUCGAUUUCCAAUGUCUCGUCCCCGUGCCCAGUCGCAUGCGAUGGCGUGCGUUUAGCAGUCGAAACCAAUAUUGAAGACCCAGACACAUCGAAUCUGAACUCGUGGUGUGAAACCCCGUCGUUCGCAGAUAACGUCGUCAACACCUGCGAGUUCUGCUACAACUUGACAAGCUCCCAAGUUUACAUGGCAAACUUCCUCGAGUCCAUCCGCUACAACUGCCAUUUCAAGACAGCAACGGGCAAGACUUUCGACAUAGCCCCGACAAGAAUCUUCAGCCAAUCCCUCCUCCCCUCGAGUCUGUCGCUCGAAACGCCCGGCACAGACUCCUCAAACCUGAACCUGGGAGUGGUGAUCGCCGUGCCAAUCGUAGGAUUCCUCAUCCUGGUCUCGGCACUCACAGUAUGUUGCUUCUUCUUCAUCCGGCACCGACGCAAGAAGGCCCGUCGGAACCGCAACGCGCCUCAUAUGUACAACAACUGGAGCGGUGCAUCGCCGACUAGCGCACAGCAGCAGCAAGCCUGGGCUGAGCAGCAGAUGUAUAAUCCCGGCGGGUAUGGGCACGGGUCUGGAUUUGGGUUUGUUGACAAUGAUGGCCGCGGGCAGGAGCUUGCGUAUGGCCAUGGCCAGGACCAACGUUACCAAAUCCAACAGUACCAGCAGCACUUCCAAGGUCAAGAUAAGUCGGGUUUCUCGCAGGAUAUCAUUGAAGAGCCUGCUCAACAGCAGUACCACCAGCAGCAUGCUCAGGUUCCCGCUCAUGCCCAGACCUUUAACCCAGAUCAGAAGGGCCAACAUCCUCAGGUUUCUGCCCACCCUCAGAUCUUUGACCCGGAUCGAAAGGAUCCUCAGCAGUGGCAGUAA